GGCCAAGAUGGCGGCACCCAUGUGAACUGUUUCAACGAGAAGGCAUAGGCUUUGUUUGUGUUCGUUUUCCGUUGUCAAGCAGAACAAGCAUAUGUGACUGACUGAAAAGUAUGUCAAUCACGAAGCACGAAGAACAUAUGGUUGAUUUGCAACAUCAGCUACGAGAAAAUCAACAUGAUGUUCAGGAGUUUUUGUCAGAUUUGCAAAACUGGGAAACCCAUAUGCGAAAGAAAGACAUCAAUUUGAAGACGGACACACCGGUCCAUAAAGCUCAUAUCCCUCCUGUCCGCAAUACCGUAGAAAAGAAAAAACAGAAGAAAAAGAAGAAAAUGACAGUUAAAAGAGAACAAGAACCAACACGAAUCAGCAGCUAUGACUAUCAUUCAUGGGACAAGUUUGAUGUUGGAAAUGAAUUUUUCCGGGAGAGGAGAGUAUAACCAUGCCAUUGAACACUAUUCACGGGGCCUGCAGCUUGAUCCAACCAACCCUUUCCUGCCAGCAAACAGAGCAAUGGCCCUCAUCAAACAGAAAAAGUUUGCAGCAGCUGAAGUAGAUGCAACAACAGCCAUCUCCCUUGACCCCAUGUACAUUAAAGCUUAUAUGCGUCGGGCAUCAGCCUUGGUGGGCCUGUCCAAGCUUGAGGAAGCAAGGACUGAUUAUCAGAGAAUUCUUAACCUUGAUCCACAGAACAAACUUGCCAAGGCUGAACUGGAAAAAACUGAGAAGGAGUUGAUGAGGUCUGUGUCUAGGCAUGCAGAAGUAAAAUCUUUCCGUCAAGAGUCUGGAAUCGUCAUUCCUUUGCACAAGUCAUCAGACUGUAGAUCAAAGAAGUCUCUGAGAAGAAUUGCAAUUGAAGAAGUUGGGAUUGAAAAUAUAAGUUAUGGAGGUGCAGGUGUCACUGGAACAUUUAAACAGAAUAAAUCAAUGCAAAGAAUGACUGAAAAUGAUAACCAGAUGUUUCAGAACUUUGUGUCUGAAUCAGUUUCCCCGUCAAAGGCAACUGCACCUAAAGCUCCUAAGAAACAAGGAGAUGUGGAAUCAAAACAGAGAUAUGCCCCCAGUGAUGCAGAAAAAGGACAUUCGUCAAGUAUUGUGAGCUUGCCUAUGGAUGCAACAUUCUCAGCGUCAUUACAAGACAUCUCCGGAAAAUGUGUCCCACAGACUUCAUUUCAAUUCCAGUCUGAUUACAAAGUGCUGAAGCAAAACAAGGAAGCAUUCUUUCACUAUUUCAAGAGGAUUUCUCCAUCUACUUUACCAGCUCUAUUUGGGGAGAUGAUUGAUUCAGCUACACUUGUCAACAUUCUGGAUGUCUUUAAUGAAUUCUAUAUUCCUGCAGGUGAAAAUUUUGAAGAAUAUCUUGUGAGUCUCACCAAAGUCAAGAGAUUUGAAAUGACAGCCUUAUUUUUUACAAAGAAGGAGAAACAAGUUGUGUCAAAUCUUAUGGCUCACUUGAGGCAGACAUCAUUAUCCAAUGAGAAGGACAUCAAUAAUUUGGCCAACAGAUAUGGAGUGUAAAGACAACUGACUCCUGCAGACAAGCAUUUCAUCUCAACCAUAAAUAUUAGAGCUUGCAACCAUUUAAUUUCAGUGUCAGGAUUUACUUCAAGAUUGUAGGUGUGAAAUAUUUAGAAAAUUGGUUUGAUCUAUUUCUUGAUUAUAAUGAUGAAUUGUUCUAAUAACUACAUGAAUAUGUCUUGAAAUCUGUCUGACAUCAGUUGGAUAUCCCAAAAAUGGUAUGUACAGUCUUCAAUAAUUACCAGAUGUUUGUCAACACAAGGGAUGUGGUAAACUGUUUCUUCUUUUGAUUCACAGCUCAA